CUCUGGGCUGCCCGGGCCUAUAAAGGUGCCAGGUUUUUCUCAAUGAAGCCGGGACGCAGCGCAGUGCAGCGUUGGACCCAGCGGAGUGCCCGGGAUUCAGCAGGCCGAGCGCGAUCCCCGCCGCCCCUCCGCGUGGAAAUGAAGUGCAUCGUGGGCAUCGGAGGCAUGACCAACGGCGGCAAGACCACACUGACCAACAACUUGCUCAAGGUGCUGCCCAACUGCUGCGUGAUCCACCAGGACGACUUUUUCAAGCCCGGGGUUCGGGCUCCUCUGUUUCAGCCCCAAGACCAAAUCGCCGUUGGGGAGGACGGCUUCAAGCAGUGGGAUGUUCUGGAGUCCCUGGACAUGGAGGCCAUGCUGAGCACCGUGCAGGCCUGGAUGAGCAACCCCCGGAAGUUCGCCCGCGCCCACGGGGUCAGCGUCCAGCCGGACGCCUUGGACACCCACAUCCUCAUCCUGGAGGGCUUCCUGCUGUACAGCUACAAGCCCCUGGUGGACUUAUACAGCCGACGGUACUUCCUGACCGUCCCCUACGAAGAGUGCAAGUGGAGGAGGAGUACUCGAAGCUACACGGUCCCCGAUCCCCCCGGCCUCUUUGAUGGCCACGUGUGGCCCAUGUACCAGAAGUAUAAGCAGGAGAUGGAAGCCAAUGGCGUGGAAGUAGUGUACCUGGAUGGCAUGAAGUCCCGGGAGGAGCUCUUCCACCAGGUCCGGGAGGACAUCCAGAACUCGCUCCUGAACCACUCCUAGUGGCUGGGGGAUGAGGGGGGGCCCGACCCCGGACUGGAGAGGCACACAUACAAUUCCGGCCACAGUACGGCCAGGCUGGCGGCGUCCCAGCCAGAUACCGCACGACCAUUUUCCUUGGUGGAUGUCUGUACAUAUGAGAGUGGAGGCCCCACUCACAGCCCAGCAUCUCAGGGCCCUGGGAUCCCGCCCUGAGAUGCCUCUGUAACCUCACAGCAGCUUAAGUAUUAAACCUGAUCCUAUUUUUUGUAA